AUGAAUGGAGUUUUCAAAGUUCUGACAACAGCGCUGUUGAUAGCGUUCCAUCAACUGCCAUCGCUCCAAGCAGCCGGAUCCCACUCGGCGAUUUCGAAAACAGCUCUGGAAAUCCACACGGAAUGCCGAAAAAUAUUGCAGAAUCCUAUGAACGCUAAGGAAGCCGAAUGUGAAGAUCGUUGUGAGGUGUAUCUUUACCGGGCUUGGAACGACAUCCGGGGACCCGCGUAUAACGUUUAUCGAGCGAUUUGGAAUCAACAAAAACCUGGGGACGAGUGCUUCGUCGAUCGUACCUAUCGAUGUCUGUGGAACCGGAACCAGUUCAAUCUGACGACUCCGGAACUGUGCCGGCGGGCAACGGAAACGACAACUUGCUUCGACUGGUACCACGGUUUGGUGACCCCGUUGACGGAUGUUUUCGUGAGGCCAACGGCUUUUCGUUUGAGGAGUAUCGUCGAAAGUUGUAGGACGAUCCUGCAACUAACCGAUCAAGAUUUGCACGAUCCCUUGAAUAAUGGUUUUGUGGAAUCGGAAAUGAGUGCUUGUUUGAUGAGGUGCGUGAUAAUUCGUGCGGGACUUUACACGGAUGCCGAUGGGCCCAAUUUGGACCGGUUGGAGCUGAUGUACGGGGCUAGAUCGAUUGAGCGGAAUAACUUUUGGCACACCGGACAAAAAUGUGUUGAAGAAACUAGGCAAAGGUAUCCGGAUGUUUCGGCCUGUAGUUUGGCAGCCCAUAUCGUGGAUGAGUGUUUCGAGGAGCUGUUGCAAGAUGUUCGGACCGCCGUUUUGGAAAUAAUAAAAUUCGAAUAA